GCCUGGGGGGGGUGUCACCGAUUAGUCGGGACUGAUCCUACAUGAUCCUAGUGACCAACAUCUACCUGAUCUUUGAGGUUGGCCACUUGGAACGAGCAAUGACGGACAUGGCACAAAUCAAGCCCUUCAACUUAACCGAAGUGGGGAAGAUGCUACUGUAUUGCUACUAUACAGCCAUCACGCUGGCUGUCAUGACCUACCCCGUGUGUGUCUUCCUCAUCUACUCAGUCCCGAAGCGGCUCUACAUGGGCAUGUUCGCCUAUGUUGCAUGGAUCAUCUUCUAUGACCUGGUUAACUGCCUCAUCGUGGCCCUGGCUUACCAGGUCUCCAAAGAAGCCUGGUUUUCCCUCAGCCCCAUGGAGUGGUUUGGGCUGGCCACCAGGAUCCCCAUGGAUUGUUUCUGGCUCUCCUUCGUUGUCACGUAUGCCCUGAUGAUUAUUGAAAGCAAAGGGCAAGGAAGGCUGUCGCUCAGGAUGAGGCGGAGCUCUAGGAUCGUGUCAGAACCGCCCAGGUUUAGGUUGGGCUCCCCUGCUAGGAAAGGCGUGAGGGGAG